AUGUCUCGAAGUAUCGACAAGUUUCCUGAGCCCAAGACCAAGAAACAGGUCAAGGUCAUUGUGGCAACGGCUAGCAGAACGGGAACGCUCAGCGUUUAUAGAGCAAUGAAGAUUUUGGGCUACAAGCCAUACCAUAUGGCUGAGGUGGUUCUGGAAGGCGGUGCGCCUCACAUGGAAGUUCUCACGGAGGCUAUCACGGCGCAGUAUAACCGAUUCUCGGGCAUCAAGCGGUACAACAGGCAAGACUUUGACAAGUGGCUUGCUGAGUAUGAUUGUCUCGUUGAAAUCCCCUACUUCAUGGGUCCUGAAGUCCUCGAAGCCUACGCCGACGACCCGAACGUCAAGUUUAUCCUUACGGACCGCGACCCUGACAAAUGGGUCACUUCUGUGAAUAAGACGGCUGGCGAACUUGUCUCCCAGAUGGAUCAGUUUCCGUUGAAUGUGCUGCAGUACUUCAACGGUGAUGUGCGCAAGUUUCUGAACCUCAACAAGGCCAUUUAUGGGGCGAUUGCGGAUGGAACCUCCCCCGGCGAUAAGGACAAUAGAGAAGCUAUGCGGAGGAAUUACGCUUCUUACAUCGAAAUGGCCAAGCGCAUCCUCCCCGCCGACCGCCUCCUCUACUUCCGUCUUGAAGACGGUCUUGGAUGGGAGCAAAUAUGUCCGUUCCUCGAGAUUCCUAUUCCUGAUGAGCCGUUCCCCAAACCGAACGAUCAGGAAAACUUCAAGAAGGAAGUUGGCGGGUGGAUGAACCCUCGCAUUCAGAGUGCGAUGCUGAAGCUGGGUGCUUUGGUUGUGCCUGCAGUGGGCAGUCUGGCGUAUUUCGGCAUCAAGUAUCGAUCUGCAUUUAAGUUAGGACUCUAA